GUACAUUCAGUCCAAAAUAAUAUGAAAAAAGCGGUGAAGCAAAGUGCUUGCUAACGAAUUUAUACAGGUAAUGGAGUAAGAAUAAUGUAAUCAAAUAAUAAAAAAAAACCUUUUUUUAUUUUAGUUUUUAUAUUAUUUCAUUAUAUCAGAGGCAUAAUUAUUUGUAAAAAGAGGCGAGAAAACUACUAUACGUACAAUACGGAACAUUUUAUUUCACAUUUUUGACAGUUUGCUCGGUACUUUUUGGACUUUUUGGUUAUGUGUUGUGCUGUUGUAUGACAAAGUUAUCUUAGUUAUCCGUUGAUUAUAUUAUAAUAAUAGUACUUUACGGCGCCACCUCCUAUCUCCUAUGUGCAUUUUGUUUAGUGUUAACUUAAUACAUAUUGAAUACUGGAGUAAAGUAAAUUUGUAUUUUGACUAGAGCCAGAGCACGAUCACGAAAAAUAAAUAAGUGUAAUGUAAUGAAAUAUUUCCUGGUUCGAGGGCUAUCGUGGCCGAAUGGCCUUGCACGUUUUUUCAAUAAUUUCAUAUUUAUAAUGAUAAAAAAUAUACGUAAACAUUUGAUUUCUGUUUUGUAAAAGAGCGAAGAAGUUGGUAAGAUUUCUACAAUGGACUCCAAAUAUACAUCAAUGGGCAAGCAGAAUGGAGGCAAAGUUGAUAACUUUAAGAGAAAAACCUUUAUGGAAAACUUAAAUGUUAAAAAGAAAAAAUCCUGUAAUACAGAAAAUAAACCUUUGAUUUCUAAUGGUUGUAAGCCUCAAACCGGAAUUGAAAAAGCUCCAGUAAAACAAGCUGUUGCAGAAAACCUAUUUGAAGCAAGAAAGCGUUUGCCUGUGUAUACAGUUAGGGGCAGACUAUUGGAAGAAAUUAAGAAAAAUGAUACAAUGAUAUUGAUUGGUGAAACUGGCAGUGGGAAAACAACUCAAAUACCUCAGCUGAUUCAUGAACAGCGUUUAGAAGGACCUGGGUGCAUUGCUGUGACACAACCGCGAAGAGUAGCAGCGAUCACUAUUGCAAUCAGGGUUGCUGCUGAAAUGAGCACGAAUAUUGGAAAUAUUGUUGGGUAUUCAGUUAGAUUUGAGGAUAUGACUAGCCCUAGAACCAAACUAAAAUACUUAACUGAUGGAAUGUUGCUCAGGGAAGCCAUAGUUGAUCCUUUGCUGAAGAAGUAUUCCAUUGUGGUACUAGAUGAGGCCCAUGAACGCACAGUUAGUACUGAUGUGCUCUUUGGCAUUGUUAAACUGGCGCAAAUUGAGAGACUAGAAAAGAAACUAAAUCCUCUUAAGGUUAUUGUGAUGUCCGCAACAAUGGAUGUAGACACCUUCAGAACAUACUUUAAUAACUGUCCAGUGAUAUAUUUAGAAGGCCGGACGCACCCUGUUACUAUCUACCACUCUAAGAUGAAACAGGAGGAUUAUCAAUAUGCUGCAGUGUGCACACUUUUCGAACUUCAUAGAACUAUGCCAGCAAACAACGAUUUUCUGGUGUUUCUGACGGGACAAGAAGAAAUUGAAACAGUCAUGUACAACAUAAAGCAAAUAGCUAAAGAAGCCCCCGGCCCUCCUUUAUUAGUAUGUCCCCUAUAUGCCGGACUUCCUGCAGCCAAGCAAUUGCAAGUGUGGAAGCAGACACCAGCAGGGAUGAGGAAAAUUGUUCUAGCUACUAAUAUUGCAGAGGCUUCUGUCACUAUCCCACAAAUAAAAUGUGUUAUUGAUACAGGAGUUGUAAAGGAAAGGACUUGGUGCACAGCGACCGGGGCGGAGCGCCUGCGAGUCCGCGCGUGCGCGCAAGCGGCGGCGUGGCAGCGCGCCGGCCGCGCGGGCCGCACCGCCGCCGGUGCAGCCUACCGCCUCUUCACCGCUCAGGACUUCGCGGCCCGGCCAGCGCACAGCACUCCCGAGAUUGUCAGAUGUCCACUGGCGCCUACGAUACUGUUGUUGAUCGCAGCAGGCAUAGAACCAAGCACGUUUCCACUUAUAGAUACACCGCCGAUGGACUCUAUCAAUGCCUCAUUGACAUUACUAAAAGAGCUAGGUGCUAUUGAUAACGAGACUAGUCCAAAGUUGACGGUUCUUGGGAAAAAAAUGGCAUCUUUCCCAAUUGAUCCCAAAUACGCUAAAGUACUUCUGAGUGCACCCGAAUUCGACUGUCUUGACGAGGCGUUAAGUUUAGUCGCCAUGUUGUCGAGCGAAAACAUCUUUCACACGCCAAUGCACAAACGGGAAGAAGCGUUAAAAGUGAAGCAAAAAUUCAUCUCGCCUUUGGGCGAUCACAUGACCCUUUUAAACGUUUAUAAAGCAUUUUGCAAAGCGCCAUUGAAAAAGCAAUGGUGUAAAGAAAACUAUUUAAAUCACAAGAACUUGGUGUACGCCAGUGAGGUACGACAACAACUGCUAGCAAUCUGCCAGCGGUUGAACCUCGCCGUCACAAGUUGUGGAAACGCCACCGAUCAGCUCCUAAAGUGUCUGGUGAGCGGUCUGUUCACGAACUGCGCGUGGGUCCGCGGCGGCGCGGCGGCGGGCGGCGCGCGCUACGUGACGGCGGGCGGCGCGGCGGCCGCGCUGCACCCGGCCGGCGCGCUGCACGCCGCGCGCCCGCCGCCGCCCGCCGUGCUGUACACGGAGCUGCUGCACACGCGCCGCGCCUACCUCGUCACCGUGUCCGCCAUCCGGGCGCAGUGGCUGCACCAGCUCGCGCCCGACUACGCCCGCCGCUGCCGCGCGGGCCGGUGACGCGGGGCUAGCGACCGCGGAUAGUGCGAGUGACUUGAUAUGACGAUUCAUCGCUCGAACUUGGACCCGUCACCGUAGCUCUAUUUUUACCACUAGUCUAAAAAUGUCUCCUACAAUUAAGAAAAUAAGGUUGAUUUUCUAACGAAGACGUAUCAAUCUAGCCAAUGCAGAGACGUAGCUAUACUAGGUAUAUAAUUGUCAAGAUUAUGGUGUGAUUUUAGUUUGCUUACCUGAAUACGUUUUGUGAACUACGGAAAGCUGUGAUCACGUUCACCGUUUAGCUAGUUUGCUCCUGCUAGGGGUCAUCCAUUAAUUACAUCACACGAAUUCCUAGGUUUUUUGACACCCCCCCUCCUUGUCACACUUGUUCAUAU